AUGGCCAGACAGGACAACCUCCCAUCCACCCAGACAGCAAUCGUCGCUGGUCCCGCUGGCGAAUUCGUUAUCUCCCACGAUGUCCCCGUCAUCGACCUCGAGCCCGACGCCGUCAUUAUCAAAACAGCGGCGGUGGCUCUCAAUCCCGCGGACACCAAGAUGGUCGGUGACUUUGUCGUUCCCGGUGCCAUCUUUGGCUUUGACUGCGCAGGAACGAUUGUUGCUGUCGGUUCUGCCGUCAAGAAAGACUUAGUAAUUGGUGAUCGCGUCUGCGGAAGUGCAGAUGGUAUGAGCCGUCUGCGACCGCUGGGUGGAGGUUUUGCGCAAUACGCUUCAUUGCCUGGUGAUAUGGCUUUGAAGAUUCCGGACAACGUUACCUCUGAUGCUGCUGCUGCUUACGGCACUGCACUUGCGUCUGCGGGCAUGGCGCUGUUUUAUUCAUUGAAAAUUCCUGCAACAUUGCUGGAAGAGCCUGCGAAGAUCCCUUUUCCCGUUCUGGUUUAUGGAGGUAGUACUUCUACCGGAACCAUGGCUAUCCAACUUCUCAAAGCAUGUGGGCUCAAACCUAUCACAACUUGCUCCCCUAAGAACUUCGCCUUCGUCAAAUCUUUCGGUGCCGAAGAAGCAUUCGACUACAACUCCCCCACUUGCGCCCAGGACAUCAAAGCCUACUGCAAAAACCAGCUCGCCUACGCCCUCGACUGCAUCACGCAGCAACAAACCAUGAAAAUCUGCUACGCCGCCAUCGGCCGCGUAGGCGGACGCUACACCGCUCUGGACCCAUACCCUGAGAACCAAGCUACCCGCAAGAUCGUGAAGCCAGACUGGAUCUUGGCCACAAGAAUUACGGGCAAGGGCUGCACUUGGCCCGAGCCAUAUGGCAGUGCGCCGGAUCCAGAGCUACGCGAGUUUGCGCACCCGUUCUUCGGGGUUAUGCAGAAGCUGCUUGAUGAGGGGAAGAUCCGGCCGCAUCCUGCGAGGCCGAGUCAGGGUGGGUUCGAGGCGCUUAUUGAGGGAGUGGGGAUCAUCAGGCGAGGAGAGAUUAGUGGUGAAAAGCUUGUUUAUCGUCUUUCUUGA